AUGAAGACGGAGAGCUCUAAUAUCGUGGCAGGUGAGGUUCGCGCCGCCGCGGCGCAAUCGGCCAAGAGGGCGAAGAAAACCCUCACCCUGUACAACGUCGCGAUUCUGUGCUAUGUUGGCCUAGGAUCUGCAAGUUAUGGAUACGCGGCCGCAGUCAUCGGGAAUACUGUGGGACAACCCUCAUUCAUUCGAUACUUUGACCUCGACACUAGGAGCAAUGGGGAUGGCCUUAUUGGUGCCAUGAAUGGCCUGUUUCAAGCCGGCGGGUUCUUCGGCGCCUUGAUAACACCCUGGCUCAGUGAUCGGUGGGGACGGAAAUCGGCAAUUGCCUGGGGUGCUGUAUGGUGUAUCGUAUCGGGAGCAUUCAUGGCUGGCAGCGUCAAUAUUGGUGAAUUCAUCCUUUUCCGCUUCGUCUCCGGUCUUGGUGCCAAUCUGUUGCUGGCGGCCGUACCGAUAUGGAUGAGUGAGGUUGUCCCCGCUCAUUUCCGCGGGAGUUUGGUCUACAUUCACAGCCUCGCACUCGGUUUCGGAUACCUCUUGUCGGCGUGGAUCGGGUUCGGCUUCUUCUUCUGGAAAACCGGAGGGUCCAACACCUGGCGACCGCCCCUGGCCCUUCAAUGUGUCUGGCCUCUCUUGCUACUUCUAGGGUUGUACUGGAUCCCAGAGAGUCCCCGGUGGCUGGUGAUGAAGGACCGUUCUGAUGAAGCGAAGCGGAUCUUGCUGAGACUCCACGCGAAUCCCGACGAUCCGGACAACACGUUUGCAAACACGGAAUUUUAUCAGAUACACGAGCAAAUAGCCUUGGACCGCCAUCGAGAUAGCUCAUGGAGGCAUUUGUUCCGGAAGCCGUCCUACCGGAAGCGUUGCCUGAUCGCCAUGGGAACUACGGCCAUCAUUGAAUGUUGCGGCGGACUGGUCAUCAACAACUACGGACCAAUUCUGUAUGCAAAUCUGGGUUUCAGUCAGACCAAGCAGCUCCUGUAUCCGGCUGCAUGGCUUACCUUUGCCACGGGGAUGAACGCCGUGGGUGUCUUCAUCGUCGAUUUCUUUCCCCGAAACAGGCUGUUGGCCUUUGGUGUUCUGGGUUGUGUGUCUGUUGUCACCAUCGAAGCCGCCAUUGUGGCCAACUUUGUCCCAUCCAACAACCACGCCGCCCUGAGUGCCGCCGUCGCCGUCUUGUUCUUGUUUGAACUCUUCUACGGACCUUCUAUCGCUGGCACUCAAUUUUGCUAUCUCGGCGAGAUAUUCCCGAACCACGUCCGCGCAAAGGGCGUAGCAUUGGGCGUUUCAAUGAUUUCACUGAUGAACGUCGUUUGGCUCCAAGCCGCACCAACCGCCUUCAAGACUAUCGGAUGGAAGUACUAUCUGUGCUUCAUCAUCACCGGCGGCCUGGGUGGAAUCGUCAUUCUGUUCUACUGGCCCGAUACUCGUGGGAUUCCCCUCGAGGAGAUUGGGGUUCUGUUUGGAGACGAGGCAGAAAUCGCCGUUUUCCAGGCCGAUAUCCAGCUGGACCACGACACCAAACAGAUCACAACGCACCAUGCCACUGUAAAAGUCGACGAGGCAUAG